AUGGAAGAAAAAUUAUUUGAUCAGAUUUGGGAUUUCUCUUCCGUGGAAAAGAUUCCUUAUGACUUAUUCUUAUCAUAUAGUGCUAUUUACCGAUUCAUACCAUUUAACGAAGAAGAAAUGCCAAUGGCGGCAGUGAAACUGUUCAAUUUGAAUUUACAUUCAAAGAAUUACAUUGGAAAGUUGAAUUGA